AUGCACCAGAUGUCACUGUAAAUGUAAGUAGCCUGAAUCCAACUGAGAACUACACCUUGACAGUUAAAUGUGAACCUGAAGGAAGGCCUGCAGAUUAUCAUUUCUCGUCAAUUGUACAUAAAUGGGGAGAUGUGGUUAUAUCUAAAAUACUUAAUCCAACCAAUGGUGUCAUAGAAGUACAAAAUGCUCAACUUCAAGAUAGCGGUACAUAUAUUUGUGUUGCAAAUAAUGGCAUUCGAGACAGGAAACAGAAGCUUGAUCAAAGUGGAAACAACACCGUCAAGGUUAAAGUUUCACCAAAAAUGCUUUUAAAAAUUACCGACAGGAUAUUUGCUGGAGCACCUAUGACCACAGUCAAUAUAACGGCACCAUUUUACAGUGACCCCCCACCUCAAACUGUGCAAUUCAAAUUCCAAAAUGGCACCAUGAUAAUUAACUCUAGCAAACAUGCAGUGUCAUUCUAUAAAGGAAACGUCAAGGACAUGUUUUAUGGAAAAGAAGUGGAGAUAGACGGGUACUUUGCUCAGCUUCAAAUCAAGAAUGAGGAAGAAUCAGAUUUUGUUAACUACAACUUGGUCAUUGAUAAUGGGAUUGGAUCUUAUAAAUCAUGGAUUUUGAAACAUGUCUCCCAAAGUAAGCCUUUAGUUCCUAGGUAUUUCAAUUACACCGGCCUCAAAGAUGGAAUACCAACAUUUCGUUUAGUCGGCAAUUUCAAUGGAGGACUUCUUCAAACAUUUAUUAUAGAAACAACUGAAGUUGGAAAGGACAACUGGGUGGAGCGACUUAAAUUUAAUGAAACUGAUACAGCAUUUCUUCAGGCCGAGAAACUUACCUUUACUUUUAACAUAAGCGGGUUGCAACCUAAUGUAUAUGAUGCUAGAGUACGCACUGGAAAUGAUAUCGGCUGGAUAAAUGAA